UCUCUCUUUGGAUGGUGAGCUGGUCAUUGCCUCAAUCUGUUGUCAUCCGUUGAAAAAAAAAUUUAUUAGUGUUCAGAAUAAGUAACAAUUGGAGAAACAUGAGUUCGCUAGAUUGGAAAGAAGUUAAGAGACUGGCAGCUGAUUUUCAACGAGCACAGCUUUGUUCAACAUUGCAGAGAUUAUCGGAACGGAACUGUGUUGAAUUGAUAACAAAAUUGAUUCAAUUGAAUUUAUUAGAUGUGAUUUUUACCGCCGAUGGAAAGGAAUAUAUUACACCACAAUAUUUAGAAACACAAAUUCGUGAUGAAUUGUAUUUGCAUGGAGGAAGGAUAACCCACGUAGAAUUGACCAAAAAAUUGAAUGUUGCAUUAUUUUAUAUCACGAAAACUGCUAUUGAAAUGGAAAAACACGACAAGAAUGUCAAAGUCAUUUUGGGUCGUCAAAUUAUAGACAAAAAUUAUAUGAUUCAGAUCGUAGCGGAGAUUAGUGAUAAAUUAAAUCAAAAUGGCACCAUAAAUAUUGCAGAAUUGACGCUACAUUAUGAUCUACCAGAGGAUUUUCUACAAACUUUGGUGGAGAGAGCACUAGGAAAGACAAUUCAUGGUACACAGGAUAAACUGGACCCUAGAAUUUUUUAUACUGAAGGAUUUGUUGCUACAAAUAACGCUAAAAUGAGGGGAGCUUUUUUUGCCGUGACAAAGCCCACACCAUUAAGUACUAUUUUUGGACAAUGCCACGUACCUGAACAAAUAUUUUUCGCCAUUCUUGAUACUCUACACGGAGCUAUCCAAAUACCAGGCGUAAUUUCCAGUAAGCAAGGUAGUAAUGGAAUUUACGUGCCGGCUAUUUACUCGAAGAGCCAAUCGGAGUGGGUGGAUAAUUUCUACAAACAGAACGGCUAUCUUGAAUAUGAUGCUCUCACACGUCUCGGAAUUCAGGAUGCCAAAAACUUCGUGAAACGCCACUUCGCUCGGGAGAAUCUGACUCUUCUAGAUAGUGUCACGGUUGGUCCUCCAAUAAUCGACCAGGUGGAUGCCAAUAUCGAAGAAACUAUGGCCUCCAAUUCGUUUAUUGAUAUCUACCCUUUAUUGCCCUCCGUUUUUAGCCCGAAGGAUAUAGAAAAAAUUUUAAAAGAUUCGCAAAAACGUUGUAAAGCAGAUUUUCAAAUAUUUGCAACAACUGUUAUAGUUUCAAAUGCAUUCUUAGAUCUCCUUACCAAAUCUCUGGAACAUAAAGCAGAAGCGAAAGCGAUAGAGGCUGUCGAGUCCGGUGAAUGGUUCAAAUACAUUAGUGUGAAGAAAAUAAAGUCCUCAAAGUAUUUAGAUUUCACGAAAAAUGAGAAGAAAGAUGACAGAAGGAAGAAAGCAUCGAUUGGAAAGGCGGGCGGUGGUAGCCAAGGACGAGAAACCAAGACGAAGUCCACAAAAAAGAAAUAUAAUCCUGUGAAAAUUCAGUACGACGAUUCAGACAAUGAAGGAAUGAAAAUCAAUGAAAGGUCUGAAUUAACUCUUCUAACUGCAGAGGAUAUUAGGAAAGAAUUGGAUAAAGGGGGAAAUUUCUCUGACAUCCAUAAUUUUGUGGAUGAAUUGACGGCAUAUCUACAACCAAAAUUAAAUAAACAAGCUGUAAAUAUAGCUGAGCGGUUGGCCCAAACCACCAAAUCCAAUAAUAUAAGCGAAGUUGAGGAAAAAUUGAACAUGUUAAUAUCAAAUAUAAGAAUAUUUGAAAAGGGAAUUAAAUGUAUUCCGAAUAAGGAAGUACAGAAUGCACUAUCCAAGUAUUUAAUGAGAACUUUGGGAGUGGAUUUUGUUAUUGACAUGAUCAAAUUCGCUGCGCAGCAGAACGUUAUUCAGUGUCCGGCUAAUUUAACGGCAGAGAUAAGACAGAAGAUCCUCCUGGAAUUACCGAAUGACAUAAGAGAGCAUCUGACUAAUCUUCAUAAGGCCGCUGCAAAAGGAUCUGUUGAGGAAUUCUUAAAUGAUGUUGAACCGACGAUGGUGGCUUGCUGUUUGGUGUCGAGAAAGCUUGAGAAAAAACGAGAAAAGGCUCUGAUGUUAGGACAUAAGCAAGCAUUACUGGAGCAAUUGAGCUCGACUAAUGAUCCUGCUCUUGCUUUACAUUUAGUUACGAGUAUUUUAUUCACAGCCACAACGCAAUCUGCUCUCCACAUGUCCGGAAGGCACGUUUCUCCAAUUCUUGAUUUCCUACAGGCUCAUUUAGAAGAUGAGGUUAUGGAAAAAUUAGUAAAAUAUCAUGAUCUAGUUCUUACACUCUUAAGUUCGGACGACGAGGAAAUAAAGGCUGAGCAUCAAGAAAUCCUCAGACAAGAGCUACACGUUUUAAAGGAAUUGAGUAAUCAUUCUAAAAAGCACGUCACCAUGGACAAGUGAAAUCAUACUAAUUACACAUGUGCAACCCAAAUAAAGAUUAUUUUUAUGUGUAA